AUGGUCGACUACGGCAAUGAUUCAAGCGACCCGAAUCCGAGGCGGUUCAAGUGGCAUUUGCGUAGCGUCUGGAAGCGCUCCCCAUCGCAGCAAGAUCGGACGGAUGCGACGAAACAGCCCACAUCCAGUGCCGGCCACGGUACCCUGCCCACGGCCCCUGCAUCGUUGGUCGCGCUUCAUCCGAAGAAGAAUCCCACCGCCCAGCAUCCAACCAAAAAGGUCCCCGGGGUGUCCCUCGAUGGGCUCUGGGCGGCGGCAUAUAAAGAGCUUGCUGAGGAUCCACAUAACGCCAAGCUCGUGACGGCCUACGAGAAAUGCCUGGCCCAGCAGGGCGCUACCUCGCGAGAUGUCUGCGAGACGGACAUCGUUCCUCGGCUGCGGUCGGUGAUCGAAAGCCGCCUUGAGGAGAUCGAGCACUCCCGGGUCAGGUUCACCCUGGCGGGGAGGGAGAUCGUCGUCAACCAACAGGUACGCAGGGUGGCCGACAAGAUCUUGUCGGUGAAGGAAUUCGUCACGACGGCCGUGAGCGCCGAGCCGCAUGCUGCCUUGGCCUGGGCCGGGGCGUUGGUGCUCUUGAAUCCGGUCACGAACUUUUUCGCCCAGGAUGCCAGGGCUAUGGACGGAUUCGAGUAUAUCGCGCUGAUCCUCGCUCGGUAUGGUGUCGUCCAGCGUGACUGGAGCGGCUUGUAUUCUGCGGCAAGGCAAUCCGAACAAUUGGGGGACGGUCGGGAGCUGGAAACGCUGGGGCUUUCGGUCAGGGAACAGAUGGUGAAGAUGUACAAGGCUAUUAUUCGCUACCAAAUCAGCCUUGCGCGGCACUAUGAGCAGCUUGGAUUGGUGCGGUUUCUAGAAGAUGUUGCAGCCCCCCAGGACUGGGCGGGGAUGCUCCAGGAGAUCAAGGACAUUGAGAUGUCCGUCACGCAGCAUCUCAGUAUAAUGAGUACGUCGACCUUGGCGCAGAUUGAUGGAACCUUGGAGAUGCUCCAAGGGAAGAUGGGGGCCUCAUAUGAGGUGAUGAAUGAGGUUCGAGAUAAUACACUGACUAAUAAAUACCUACAAUUCGUCCAAAUGCUCGCGCCCAGAAUUGCACCGCAAGCCAGAUUAGAUUCCUUUGAGAGUCAGUACAAGACCGAAUGCUUCGAGGGCACCCAGAUCGAGGUGCUCGAACAAAUCCAUGCCUGGGUUGUAUCGUCUGGGCCCGACCAUAUGUAUUGGCUCCGAGGAAUGGCCGGGACCGGCAAAUCCACCAUCGCACGAACCAUCGCGACUCAAUGCCGCCAUCGGAAAUUCCUCCCCGAGACAAUCUGUCUUGGAGGAACCUUCUUCUUCGACCAGAAUCAAGGCGAGCUAAGUACCGCUCCGUACCUGUUCCCUACACUCUGUACGGCAAUUGCGGAUUGUCUACCAGAGAUCCGAUCGGAAAUCUACGAAGUCAACAAAGACCAUUCGAACAUCUCGUACGAGUCGCUCAGCAAGCAGUGGACGAACCUGAUUCUCGCGCCCUUCUUGAGACUGGAGAAGCAGAACCGACUACCAGCAAUGACGCUGGUUGUGGUCAUAGAUGGACUCGAUGAGUGCAAGUCUGGCCGUGAUGGAGAUAACAUCGGCACCAUCUUGAACCUCAUCACCGAGGCUUCUCGACUGAGCUCCAUCCGGCUGAAAUUCCUUCUGACCAGCCGGCCAGAGAGUCACAUCCUUUCACGCUUUGAGGCUAUCUCUCGAUCGUCAACUUGCCUACAGAUCAGCGAACUCCACAAGAUAGAACCAUCUACAGGGAUCGAUGUUCCAGACGAUGACAUCACGAAGUUCCUGCGGACCAAGACUCGAGAGAUCACGAAAAGACACUUGGAGCUUAAACCCGACUGGCCUGGCGAGGAGAGGCUCGAUGAGCUUAAACGCAAAGUUGAUGGGUUGUGGAUCUAUGCCGCCACCGCCUGUUUGUUCAUCGGCGACGAGAAGAUCAAGUAUGCGGAUACUGUUGAGAAGCGGUUGAAUAACCUUUUGCGGGGAAGUGGUGGUGUGACGACUCCCCAAGGCACCCUCGACGAGUUGUACCUGAGGAUCUUGCAGAGCUCAGUCAUGCAGUCGGUUGUUCCAGAAGAAGUCGAGGGCAUUCGCUCCUUAUUUCAAAGCAUUGUCGGGACCAUCGUCGUCCUCCGCCAUCCCCUUUCCACCAAUGCACUCAGCGCCCUUUCUACGAUCCCAGUUCGUGAUAUUAAGACCCAGGUGAACCAACUUGGCUCAGUCAUAUCGAUGGGCAAAGACCAAGGCUCACCUAUCCGGCUUGCUCAUUUGUCCUUCAAAGAAUUCCUUGUCGACAGCACGAGGUGCACCGAUAAGAACUUCCAGAUCUCCAGAGAAGAGAGGCAUGCUGCUUUGUUGCAGAACUGCCUCGAUACGCUGGAGAGUACGUUGCAGCAGGAUAUCUGCGGCUUUGCGGACUACGCGAUUCUCCAAGAGAAUAUCCCGGCCGAACACGUCGCGAGGUGUCUGCCAGAUCAUGUCCAGUAUUCUUGUCUGUACUGGGUUGAGCAUCUGCAGUUGGCGAAUGAUCCUCUCAUUGACAAUGGACGGGUCCAUAGAUUUCUGAAAAAGCACACCUUGAACUGGCUUGAGGCCUUGAGUAUUCUGGGGCGGAUGUACGAGGGCACCCAUGCCGUGAUUAUGCUUUCCGAUCAUGCGAUGAGAUUGCAGGCUGAUGGGUCAUCUGCAAUGCGGGAGUUGGUUUUCGACAUAAGACGCUUUGUGCUCAAUUGCCGAUCAACCAUCGAGUACGCACCUCUGCAGAUCUACCAGUCUGCUCUGAUUUUCUGCCCCGAGCAAAGUCUUGUCAGAAGGCAAUACCAGAGUCUAAUUGACCAAUGGCUCAUUGGUGCGCCGAUAUCAGGGACAUCCUGGAGCCCUCUACUGCUCACUCUUGAAAAUCGAUCCAGAAGUUCACUUCACGUUUUCGAUGUUGCGCUGUCACCUGAUGGGAGCAUCAUCGCGUCUGACUCGGCGCUCUGGAAUACAGCUACGGGGGUUUUGCUCAAGGUACUAGAGCCCCUGGGAGGGCCAUGCAAGGUUGCAUUUUCUCUGGACGGGAACUCCGUGAUGUCUUUAUCUUGCCAGGGUCACGUACGAAUCUGGGAUGUCUUCUCGGGACGCCUGAUCAAGGAAGUGAGAAGUUCUCUGGAUGAUCAUUGGGGUCAAUAUCUCCAUUCCUUUUCCCCUGAUAAGGCCUACACUGUUUCCUGUGGGACAACGGUUGAAAUCCUGAACCUUGACAAGGGGGAGCUUGUGAAAGCAUUCAAACCACACCCCAGUGAGGUUGUAUAUAUGGUCUUCUCACCCAACAGCGAGCUUUUAGCAACUACUUCGACCGAAGGGCAGAUUCGAGUAUGGGAAGUUGCCACUGGUGAAAUGCGGCAUGAUCUGAGAACCGGGGAUGGGUUGCAAACAGCCGUGGAGUGUGCAGACUUCUGCCAGAAGAGCGAAAUGAUCGGGGCUGGAUCCGGUGGGACUAUUUCCAUCUGGAGCGUGGCCACCGGAGAAUUACUCCAACGAUUCGCCGCAGACCUAGAUGGUAUUCAGUGCGUCACCUUUUCGCCAGUCACGAAUCGGCUGGUUGUCACUGGCAGGUCUAAUACCAGCCCCACAGUUCAAGUCUGGAAUUGGUCUUCUGGUGAAGUCCUCCGAACAAUCCACACCGACUGCGCUGGCCUCGUUCGGUUCUCCUCGGACGGGAGGCUUUUCACGUUUGUGCCCAAGCCCAAGGGACCCAACAUGGCAUUGUAUCCCGGAAAGCCGGUCCAAGUGUGGGAUGCGACAACGGGACAAUUGGUCGCAUGUCUCGAAAACCAUACGUUGUCUCUGGGAUGUGCGGUCUUCGCCGAGAACAAGCCCCUGUUGGUCUCUGGGCAUGAGACCGUCCGCCUGUGGGAUCUUUCGUGUCAGCCGGUGGAGCAUGAUCAACAUGAACAGCCUGCCGGCCGAGCCGUCCACUGCACGUACCUGUCCCCUGAUCACAGGACGGCCGUGACGUUUGGGGAGAAGUUUUGUGUCUGGGACCUCCGGACCGCUACUCUGAGGCACCAGGCCGCCUACGAGCAUUCCGACCGGGUGUUCUUUUCGCCCGAUGGCAAGCUCUUCGUCAACUCUACCGUCGGCCAGGCCGCUGCUGUCCAGGACCUGCGCAGCGGAGAAGUCAUUCUUGCGCUGGGGGAGGAUUCCGGCCAACAUUAUGCAUUCAGCGCAAACGGCACCCUGCUGGCUGGAACCGUGGCCGAGGCUGGCGCGCGGGUGCACAUCUGGGGGCUGGAAUCCCAGCGCUUGUUGCACGCUCUCGACGUUCAUGGGACUGCUGAUCCCACGUCCCAGGCAGUCACAACCUGCGUGGCCCUCUCGCCCAGCGGACGAUUCCUGGCGGUUGCCAUCCGCCGCUACCGAUGCCGACGGAUCGUCGUGAGCUCCGACGACCAGGCUCUCCCCGAGCCGGAAGAAUACGUACCCGAAUCAUCUCAGCUGCAUAUUUCGAUCUGGGAGGUGAGCGCCGGAACGCGGCACCUGACCGUGCCGGUAUCGGACUGGCACGUAGACCGCCUGCGGGAAGAAGAUGAUGAUCACGAUGAGGCAAGCAGGGUGGAAGGUCCGUACGAACGAGACUGGGGAUCGGUGCAGUGGGAGAUGGAGCAAACGACCGCGUGUAAACAUCUCACGUGGUCGCCCGAUGGCACGAUCCUGGCGGCGCUCUACGAUCACGGCCAGAAGAUCUCGGCCUGGGAGUUCCCGGACGGGAACCAGCUGUAUUCUUCGAUUCCCGUGCCGGCGUGGACGGACACGCUCGUCUUCUCCCCCCGGUCGGGCGAGUUUGUGGCGUCGACUAUGGAGGAGGUGCAACUCUGGAACGCGCGCACCGGCCAACUGAUCGGUGCUCGCGAGGUGCCUGGAAGCCGGCACGCCUUGCGGUUCUCGUCGGACGGCGCAACGAUCCGCACCGAAGCCGGUCGCCUCGACGUGCGGUCGUUCUUCGUCCCGGAGCAGGAGCACUCGCGGAGGCGGGAUCUCCGGGUCGGUGAUUGGAUUGUUCGGGGGUCGCGGAAUGUGCUCUUUCUGCCACAUGACUAUCGAACUGAACGGGUCGUUGUGACCGAUCAUCUGGUGGUAUUGGGGCACCACUCCGGCCGGGUGAGCUUUCUCCGACUACCUGAUGCUUGCUAA